ACGUUCAGCACCUCGCGCCAAAUCAAUUGCCCUGGCCUCUCGAAAUGCUCCCGAUCGGGUUGAAUUCGACAAAAGCUGCUAUAGAGUCCGUAGAGUUAUUCGAAUGCUCUCUCCGGCCCCUGGGAGCGAUUUUUCAGGAGCGAGCCAGCCUGAAUCGAAAUGUGUCACAUGUCAUUUUCACGUCGAAUUGAUUUCAUCCUCCAGAUCAAUGAUGAAAUAUGGUCGAACCCAGAGAUUCGUUUCGUCGAAUAUCGAGCACAUGAUCUCCUUACCAAAGUUCUAGAAGAUCAAGGCUUCAAAGUGACGAGACGUUAUAUUCUCCCGACAGGGUUUCGCGCGGAGUUCAGCCCGGAAAACGGGAAGUUCGCCUCCAUGGGUCCGAACAUAUGUUUCAUCUCCGAGUACGACGCUCUACCGGGUGUGGGCCAUGCGUGUGGUCACAACUUGAUCGCAGAAAGUGGAAUCGCGAUGGCUCUCUUGACCAAAGACAUCAUGACGAUGCACCCUGAACGAUAUCCAGGGAAAAUCACAGUGAUUGGGUCCCCGGCAGAAGAAGGUGGCGGCGGGAAAAUCAUCAUGAUCGACGCUUUCGAUGACGUGGACGUCGCCAUGAUGCUUCACGCAUCGAACAAGGGGAUACUCCACGCGGAAACGCUCUGCUCUUCCAGGAUUUUCGCCAAUUAUAGUAGUGCGCGACUGGGAGAUACUUUUCAUUUCUUCAACACAUUCGACUCGAUGGGACCGGGUUCUGAGAGCGACGCCGUGGUAGCGGCCUACAAUAACAUCGUCUCGCUUAGGUCUCAGAUCCCGCAACAGUGGCGUAUUGGAGUCGUUAUCAAAGAGGUCGACGAUAAGCUCGGUCUGGAGAUUACUUACCGUACGAUGCACGGGAUGGACAUGGGGCCUUUCCGAGCGAGGAUAGUGAGUUGUCUCGAGGCCGGGGCUACAGCCACGAACUGCCAAUUGGCUUGGCGCUUCACUGAUCCUUAUGUGGAAAUGUGGCCGAACCUAGUCCUGGGAAACAUCUUCGCAGGAUAUCUGCACGACAAAGGUAAGCGAGCUUCGUGCAUGGGUAUUGAGGAAGAUCUGGAACGAGAAACCUGUGCCCCGGAUUGGCAAUCGAGUCUUUCCGCAGACGCGCUGUUCACCUAUGGCUUGGACAAAGGUUACAACACCCUGGUUUCAACUGACAUGGGCAACGUUUCUCAAAAAGUCCCGGCAAUCCACCCUAUGUAUUAUAUCAACACUCCGAUUUCCUUGCAUCACGCGGACUUCGCCAAACAGGUGGGUUCCCCCGGUCAGGGUUUCUUAGAAUCAGUAUGCUUGAGUCUCGAAAUUUGAAGCUCGGCGGUUCCAGAGGGAGUGGGC